AAACCCAAUGAAUCUUUGAUCCUCCCCAGAUUCGGAUCCACUAAUCCACUCCAAAAGAGAGAGAAAAAAAGAAUAUGGUCAUCGGAGAUGCGGCGGCGAACGUGGUGCAGCUGGCCGGGCUCAGCGCCGGAGCACUAAUCGGACUGAUAGUGAGAGCGGCGAACAACGCCAGAAUGCACAGAAACAACUGCAAGAAGUUCGCGCAGCACUUGAAGAUGAUCGGGAACCUUCUGGACCAGCUCAAGAUCCGGGACCGCCCAGGCGACCAGACCCGGGAGCCAUUGGAGGAGCUGGAAGAUUCUCUGAGAAGGGCUUACGUUCUGGUGAAGAGCUGUGAAGAAAGGAGCUACCUUUACCUCAUCGCCAUGGGAUGGAACAUUGUUUAUCAGUUCAGACGAUCUCAGGAAGAGAUUGAUCGAUACUUGAAGAUCAUUCCCCUCAUUGCUCUUCUUGACAAUGCUAAACUCAAUAGAAGGGUAGAAGAGAUUGAGAUGCACAAGUGUGAGUACACGUUAGAAGAUGAAGACAUGAAAGUGCAAGCUGCGAUUUCGAAUCCGCAGCCUUCAAGAAAUGACAGAAACCUGUUGAUCAAGAAUCUGUCCCGUUCUUACCCAAACUUGCCUGUCAAUGAAGCACUUGAGAGUGAGAGCAAGAAGCUCAAGGUUGAACUACAACAGUCACAAGCUAAUAUGGACCACAACGAAUGCGAGGUUAUUCAGCGCCUCAUUGAGGUCACCGAGAAUGUUUCAACUACUCUGAGAUCUUCAGAUUGUCCCAAGAACAUCGAGAGUGACCCCAAGCUCAAAGAGACUCAUACAACCGAAAGAGUUGUGGGAGGGCAUGAAUAUGGAUCAGCUAAGAGACCGAGUUGGCGGGAAGAAUGGCACGCCGAUCUACUUGGAUGCUGUUCUGAGCCAUCAUUGUGUGUGAAAACUUUCUUUUGGCCAUGUGGAACUUUGUCAAAAGUUGCAUCCGUAGCAACUGGGAAACAGACCACUUCAGGAGAAGCUUGUGGAGAAAUAAUGACAUAUUCUAUAUUCUUAGCGUGCUGCUGUUACACAUCCUGCAUCAGGGUAAAACUCCGUAGGGUUCUCAACAUCAAGGGAGGCGCAGUUGACGACUUCUUUUCGCAUGUGUUGUGUUGUUGUUGUGCACUUGUGCAAGAAUGGCGGGAAGUCGAGAUCCGAGGAGCUUAUGGACUAACAAAGAGUGGUAUGAUUCCUCCUCCAUCUCAACACAUGGGAUACUAAAGAUUGUUUGGCCUUAGCUACAACUUAUUUGUGACGGUUUCACAGUAAUUAAGAAACGAAACGAAAAUUAUCCAACAUCUUCAAGUUUUCAAUGUUACUCUCUUCAAGCAAUUGUUCCUCUUCAUGCAUGAAUUACACAUUUAGAAGUUGAUAAGGGUAUAUUAGUAGAAAAACAUACUAGUUCGCAUAUCAAUUUAUGAAAAAUCGUACAUAUGUCUUCAUAUUUUUCUUGAUCCCAUUGAAGUUGCCGGAACCAAUAAUGGUUUUGAUGUUUUUGGCUUGGUGUAAAGCUAAAGGUUUUUAGUUCAGUGUUUUAUUUAAGUUGGCUAGAUAUGUUUUAGCUAUUCUCAUUAGCACGGUGGCCUCAGAGUCAACAUUUAGUGCAGGAACUCGACUUUUGGAUUCAUAUCGUUCUAAUUUAUUUUCUGGCAUGGUGGAAAUCUUAAUUCACGGAGGAGAUUGGGUUUGACAACUUCUCGGGAUCAAGAAACAUAGGAAAACAUAUGUAUGAUUUUUUCAUAAUCUAGUGCCCAAACUUGUACGUUUCUCCAUUAAUAUGCUUUUUAUGAACUUCUCGACGUGUAUUUCAUGCCGGAAGAGGAACAACCGAUUGAAGUCAUGUCGAGAACUUGAAGAUGCUGGAGAGCGUUCAUUUCGGUUUUUCGCCACUCUCUUCUACUUCUCAUGGAUAAGUGGGUUUUUUGUGCAUGUAUGAUAGAGAGUAUGUUGAACUUCUUGAUUAG